AUGAAAUUUACCUCUUCUGCUUUAACCGCAACCUUGAUUGGUUCCGGUGCCAUUGCCGCUGCCUUGCCAGCCAUUGAGCAACCUGCCGCUGACUGCACUACCACUGUUGCUGCUAACAACCAUCAACACAAGAGAGCCGUCGCCGUUGAGUACGUUUACCAAACCGUCACUGUUGACGACAGCGGUAACACUAUCACUGCUCCUCAACCUACCACUUUGACUCCAACUGCCGUUGGUGCCACUGACGCAGGUGAUGUUCACGUUACUGCGCCAGCCCCUGCUACCACUGAAGCUGCUGCUACCACCACCCUUGCUCCUGGGACCACUGCUACUACCACUACCCCAGAAGCUGAAACUACCCAGCCAGCUACCACCACUGCUGCUGCCACUCAGCCAGCUACCACCACCGCUGCUGCUCCAGCCACAACCACUACUGCCUCUUCUGGCUCCUCUGGCUCCUCUUCCUCCGGUAACGGUGGUAUUUACGGUGACUUGGCCUCUUUCUCCGGUCCUUCUGAACAAUUUGAAGAUGGUACCAUCCCAUGUGACUCCUUCCCAUCUGGGCAAGGUGUGAUUUCCGUCUCCUGGUUGGGUGAAGGCGGCUGGGCUGGUGUUGAGCACCAAGACACCUCCACCGGUGGCUCUUGUACCGAGGGCUCCUACUGUUCCUACGCCUGUCAACCAGGUAUGUCGAAGACCCAAUGGCCAACCGACCAGCCAUCCGACGGUAGAUCUGUCGGUGGGUUGUUGUGUAAGAACGGUAUGUUGUACAGAUCUAACACCAACUCCAACUACUUAUGUGAAUGGGGGGUUGACGCUGCUGUUGUCGUCUCCGAAUUGUCCCAAUCCGUUGCCAUUUGUAGAACUGACUACCCAGGUACUGAGAACAUGGUUAUCCCAACUUUUGUUGAAGCCGGUUCCUCUCUUCCUCUAACCGUUGUCGACCAAGACUCCUACUACACCUGGAAGGGUAUGAAGACUUCUGCCCAAUACUACGUUAACAACGCUGGUGUCUCUGUCGAAGACGGUUGUGUCUGGGGUACCGAUGGGUCUGGUAUUGGUAACUGGGCUCCAUUGAACUUCGGUGCAGGUUCCACCAACGGCAUCACCUACUUGUCGUUGAUUCCAAACCCUAACAACAAGUCCCCAUUGAACUUCAACGUUAAGAUUGUUGCCGAUGAGGGUGCCACCGUGAACGGUGACUGUGCUUACGAAAACGGUAGCUACACUGGCGGUGCCGAUGGUUGUACCGCUGCCGUUACCAACGGUAGAGCCAAGUUUGUCCUAUACAACUAA